UUCAAUUCCUUCGCGAACCUCGCAUAACAGCCGUCCAGUACCUUGUACUCUUUGCUGACUGUUACAAUAACCGACAUUACUUAGGAAGAGAGGAGCUAGGUUAGGUUUGGAGCCUGAACCACGUCUGUGGCUCUAUCCUUACCGAUUAUGUCCUCUCGAGAGGCGCGAGGGCGCGAGGACUUGGAGAAGGUCAAGAGCGAAGCGCAAACUUCACAGUACGCCAAGGUUAACCGUAAGCCCAGACAUGAGUCUUCACCUCGGACUUCGCGCGGAUCCAGAUCCCAUAACGCAUAUGGCAUCGGAGACCAUGACGACCAACGCAGACCAGCCCGGGAUCGCUCCAGGUCACCCUUUCGUCACAGCGAGCGACUGCGCUCUCGCUCACCCUGGAGGCCGGGUAAUCGCGAUGAAAUAAGUACACGACAUGGCGAUCAUGGUGAUGAUCGCAAUCAAAACAAUCAAACAAAGUCACGGAGUCAAGGGGAUACUGCAGCAUCGGCAUCACGUCAAAGCAUAUUGAAUGGAUCCGCGAACGGACAAUCAGUAAAAGCCGAAGCAAAAGCUGCUGAUCUACGAAACGGUUCAUUGUUAGUAGGCACAGGUGAAGCUCAGCGAGCAAUUACAAUAGGUUCGCAGACUGCGCGUCAAAGCGCAGAUAGCAACGUCAACCCUUCAAGGGACGCUGAAGUCGAACAGCAGGAGCAGCAGGCACCCGUGUCGCGACUGGCAAAACGUAAGCGCAUCGCGGAAGUAAUGGCAGAGGCCAAUGCACGCCAGAAACGCCUAGCAUCUCCUCAAGCCACAUCUCCAAGCCUCCCAGGUAGUGCUCUCAGCUCGAAUCACGCAUCUCCCCAACCGCCGGCGGAAUCACAUGACCAUGAGACUCCAGCAGUCCAUGCCAUGGGCUCGACUCUAAUUGGACAGACAAACCUUACUACCCCGGCUGUUGUUCAUGAUCAACAGAUGGCAGGUGUGACAGAAGGCUUCACUCUGGAAAAGACAGAGCGUGCGUCGCAGCUAUCCACGGUGAAUGAGACCUCUGCUGCAGAUUACGAUCCUACUCAGGACAUGAACGAAGAUCGACCGGACCACAGAUUGCCAGACAAACAAGACAACGAUACGGUCAUUUCCGGCCCAUCUGAAAGCUCAGUCGAAGACACCCAGGACAAUGACAAGAAAGAGUUCGACAUGUUUGCUGACGAAGAUGAUGACGACGAUAUGUUCGCUCCUCUCAGCGCGCCGCGCAAAGCUCAUCCCAGGACCAAAAUGGCUCCUGCAGCUGGCUUGCAGCAUGACUAUGACGACCCUGAUGGAUAUUUGCGGAUCAUUCAACGAGAAGUCCUUGAUGGCCGGUAUAGCAUACAAACUUCCCUUGGUAAGGGCGUUUUCGCAUCUGUAGUACUUGCGGAUGACGUUCAGACAAACACCAAGGUUGCCAUCAAGAUUGCUCGCAACAAUGAUACAAUGCUUAAGGCUGCCCAGCACGAAGUGCAAUUCUUGACGCUUCUGCAGGAUCGCGACCCGAGUGGGAAAGUGCCAAUCAUUCGUCUAUUGCACACGUUCACCCACAAGAAACACUUCUGUCUUGUUUUCGAGAGUCUUGAGUCGGAUCUUCGUGAACUCUUGAAGAAGCACGGCCGCAACACUGGUUUGGACAUAUCAGCUGUGAAAGUAUAUGCUCGACAAAUGUUUAUGGCAUUGCAUCACCUGGAGCAGUCAGAAGUCCUGCACGCAGACCUUAAGCCCGACAAUAUUCUUGUGCAUCAAGACAAUCAAUACAUCAAGCUAUGCGAUCUAGGGUCGGCAAUGUUCUUGAAGGAUGUCACCGUCACUGACAUGUUGGUGUCCCGCUUUUACAGAGCUCCAGAGAUCAUGAUUGGAAUGCCGCACAGCUACGCGAUCGACAUGUGGGCCAUUGGCUGCACGCUUUUCGAGUUAUAUACAGGCAGGAUCUUGUUCAAUGGACAAGACAACAAUAGGAUGCUGCGUAUGAUUCAAGAGUGUCGCGGCAAGAUACCCUCCCGGAUGCUCAAAAAAGUAGUCCAGCCGACUGGUCAUUUCUCUUUAGACAACACGUUCAUAGGAGAGGAGACUAACGCGCUGACUGGAAAGAUCGUAUCAAAGCCAAUCCAUUUCCAGCAGCCUGUUCACGGAAAGGACAUACGAUCACGCCUUGCCGUUGGCAUGCCACCGCUCGGGGCAGUCUCCGCCAAAGACGCAGAAUUGAGAAAACUUCAUGAAGACUUUGCAGAUCUUCUCGAUCAGUGUCUCAAGAUCGAUCCCGAACAGCGGAUUAAGCCUGCGCAGGCACUCAAGCAUCGAAUGUUCCAGACUCCCGCAGUCGUUGCGCCAACAGUCAAGGCGCCCGGGAUUCCUUUUCUACCAACUUCUGUUCUCAAGAGAGAUUAGGUGUCCUCUCGUUACUAAAGUUGAGUUUGUCUAUGAGUUGAACCUCAUUGACGAGGACGGCCUGCCCUACCCACACAGAUCUUACGACGAAUGCUGCAAUGUAUCAUUGCUACUGAACAGAUGGUGAACGACAGAUAGUGAACGAGACAUCAUUCCGAUCUGUUAGCAGAAUCCGGACGCGCAAAAA